CCUCCUCGCCCCCGGCUCGCUCAGUCAGAGCGGAUCUGAGCCGCCGUGCAGGGCGCCCGCGCGGACUUCCCGGGGCAGCCAGCGACUUGGGGCGAUAUGACGUCGCGCGCCGUGGAGGCUUUUGGUUGUUUUUUGAGCGUUGACGCCUGUGAGGGCCAUUAAAUCGUGUGCGGAGGUGGGAAGGUUGCGGAGGCCGGGAAGCGUCGUCCGGAAGGCAGGUUGCUUCCCGUUCAUCAUCACAUCAUGCCUGAGGGUUGGCGUCGCGGGAGCUCCAGAUCAUCCGGCGGCACAGGUGCCAAGCGGCCGUCGUCGGCGUCGUCGCUGAGCGGCAUGAUGGGCAGGAUGAUGUCGUCGGGCGAGCGGGGCGCCUCCUCCUCCUCCUGCACGUCGGUCAACAGCGUCUGCUCCGACUGCGAGCGGCCGGCCUCGCUCUCGCUGUCGUCGUCCGCCUCCUCCGUAUCGCUGCAGGACGCCUCGUCCUCGUCCUCCUCGUCCUCCUCGUCGCUCCCUUACGGCGCCGUGCCGGCCUACAAGGCCGCAGCCGACGGCGCCGCCGCCGCCGCCUCGGCGCCGCCUGAGAGGAACGGCUCCGACAUCAGCCUGCACCUCACCCCGUUGGUGGCGGGCGCCGCCGCCGCCGUGCCCAGGCCGCUGUCCCGGCUGGAGAGGGUUGUCAUGGAGAUCGUGGAGACGGAGCAAGCCUACGUCAGGGACCUCAAGAGCAUCGUGGAGGACUACCUGGGCUGCAUCAUCGACUGCGCCGCGCUUCCCGUCAACCCGGAGCAGGUCAGCGCUCUGUUCUGCAACAUCGAGGACAUCUACGAGUUCAACAGUGAACUGCUGGAGGAUUUGGAGAGAAGCCGGCAUGCCGCCGCCAUCGCCGACUGCUUUGUGGAAAGGAGUGAAGGCUUUGACAUCUACACGCUGUACUGCAUGAACUACCCCAACUCGGUGUCCGUUCUGAGGGAGUGCAUGAAGAACGAAAGCCUGGUCCGCUUCUUCCACGAGCGACGCGCCACCCUCAAGCACUCGCUGCCGCUGGAGACGUACCUCCUGAAACCCGUGCAGCGCAUCCUCAAGUAUCACCUCCUCCUGCAGGAACUCGCCAAGCAUUUGGACAAGAGCGACCCGGGCUACGAGGUGGUGGAGGACGCCAUCAUCACCAUGACGGCGGUGGCCUGGUACAUCAACGACAUGAAGAGGAAGCAGGAGCACGCCGUCCGCUUGCAGGAAAUCGAGUCGCUGCUGGUGAACUGGAGCGGUCCCGACCUGAGCGGCUUUGGCGAGCUGGUUCUGGAAGGUUCCUUCAAGGUCCAGCGGGUGAAGAAGGAGCGCGCCUUCUUCCUGUUUGACAGGAUGCUGCUGAUCGCCAAGAAGCGUGCCGAGCGCUUUGUGUACAGCACGCACAUCUUUUGCUGCAACCUCCAGCUGGCGGACACUCUGAAGAACCCGCUGUGUUUCCGAGUGUCCGACCUGAUGAUUCCCAAACAGCAGCACGUUGUCCAGACCAAGAACAUGGAGGAGAAGAGGCUGUGGGUUCACUACCUCAACAAACUCAUCAUCGAAAAUCAUCCGGCUUCUCUUCCGCACAAGGCCAGGCAGGUCCUCGGAGACGACUUCUGUCAGUCAGCCCACCACUUUGAGCACGAGCGCCCCACAAAGCUUCCUUGGGCUUCACCGCGACCGGACGACGUUCCCGCUUAUCACCGAGGACGACGGCGCUCAGAACCGCCCGCCAUGCUCGCGCUGACGCCUGAAAAAAGCAGGAAGAGUUUGCCGCUGCUGCUGGAGGCAAAUCUGCCCUACAGACGCACCAGGAGACAGUCCGCUCCAGCCAAGGACAUCCGAGCGGCAUUUCAUCCUCACGGCCCGAAGCGAGCCGACAGCGAGGGUGAGCUGAAGCGGGCCCACGGUUUAAGCUCGGCGGCGGGAAGCGGCGGCACGCCGGACUCCUCUGUCCUCUGCCGGCCGGAGCGAGAGGAGGAGGAGGAGGAGGAGGAGGAUCUGGUAGCGCUCUGCGCUCCCCCCACUCUGUCCAUCACAGAGGAGAUCCUGGAGUUGAUCAACCAAAGCCGAGCGAGGGAGGGACUGCUUUCUGCGGAGGUGCUCCCGGAUCAGCCCAGGGCCGAGUCGCCGCCACCUCGCCAAAGCGACUUCACCUGCCCGCUGCCCCCGCCGGCGCUCCGGGAGGAAGCGGAAACUUGCCAGAACGCCCAAGAGCAGAGCGCCGCCGGCGCUCCAAAUGGAAGUGAGGUCCAAAUGAGGGAGAGGCCGCAAAACGGGCUGCUGCCUUCAGCGGAAGAAUUAGAUGCAAACGCUGACGUCGGCAAAAUAUCAGAAGGCGAGCCACACAAAACAGAAAGUCCUCCCGGCGUCUCCAUCCUGGAGCACGGCCAGGCGCGUGGUCAGGAGGAGGCGGGCCAUUCCUCCGGCCAGCCGGAUGACGGCCCCAGCGCAGAGCCCAAACCGGGCGCCGAGCGUGACAAGAGGAUCAUUGAAAAAAUCAAAAGUUAUUAUGAGGCAGCGGCUGAGCUACAAGAGGAGGAAGAUGGCGGAGAGGACGAAGACCAGACGUCUGGAAGGAGCAGCCCUUUUGCACCCAGUCCCACCGGACCGGUGAACCGUCCGCCCCCGCCUUUGCCAAAUGACAACCAAGGGAACGAAGCUCUUCAAACGCAGAGCGCUCACCGUCUCCAGAGCGCUUCUCCCGCACUUGUGGAAGAUUCUCGUCAUGGAAAUGUGGACGACGUGCAUUCAAGCCCGGUGCUUUUGGAAGCCAAAGACAGAAAUGGCGACGAUGAGUCACCAAUCCGGAUGGAAGACCCUGACAAUCCAAGCGAGGGUCCUGCCGAUCUGCCCUCGAGCGGCCCCGAUCCGGCCCAAAAGCAAAUCCGGGCGGCCGGUGGAAACCAAGGAGCAGACCAAGAUGACGGGCCAUGGCCUCCACACAGUACACAACAAGAGAAGACAAGACAAGAAGAAGAAGAAGAAGGCAAGGAAAGUCCCAAAGAAUCCUCAGGCGGUCACCCAGCGAGCCCGCCGUGUCUUCAAACGAGCUCCGCUCGGACCCGAGGCAAACAUAAAGCCACCGGUAGUCCCGCGGCAGCGAGACGGGGUUGCCGACCGUCUCGGAUGGUCUCCACCAAGCGGGCCUUGUUUGAGGGCACGCUCGCCGCCGCCGACAUCACGGCAAUCGGCUUAUUUGAAGCCGACCCCUCGCUGGCGCACAACUCCGAGCGCAUCCUGAGCAAAGUCCAAACUCUCGCCACUAUGUACAGUCUCAAAGGCAGCGCCGCCAAGGUGCCCUUGCGGCAAAAAGCAGACAAAAGCCCAGCGCCUUCGCUCUCCGGACACACGAGGCCUCAGACCCAACGGAGGCCGGACGGGACGGAUGACGCUCCGAUCCGCGCCCAGGCCGGACCCAAAUGCCACCGACGGAACCAAUGGCAAAGAUUGUGUCCGACCGAAGCCCGGGACGAGAGCAGCUCUGCUAAAGCGCAGAUGUUGCGUGAGCGCCAGAAGCGCACCCAGCCCGACGGCAAGAACCGUGAGCGCGCCGCCGUGAGCCGGGAGGACCCGAGCGGCCCGGCCAAAAGGGAUGGGGAAGAACCGAGCGCUCGGCGCUGCAGCCCGCUUCAAAUGGAUCCGAAAGAACCCAGCGGUGUGCUGAAAGCGGCGGCGCUGCCCGGCGGCCAAGAGGCAAACUCUGCCUGUCAACUCGACUGGCGAGGAUUCAGCCUCUCCAGGCCCAGGGACUUCAUCACGGCGCUAAACAAAGAACACAACCGCGGCGGACCGGAUGAAGAACUCCAGUCCGUAAGAUCAGCCAGAACGUGCCUCGGGUCAGAGCUGAGAGAAGACACGGCGGCGGCGGCGGCGCUGAAAGACUCCGGUCCGCCUCGGAAGCUUUCCCAGCUUCGGCAGCAGCAAUCCAAACAGGAUUCGGCAGCUGCGCCGCACCGGCCCGACCGUACGAGCAAAGGGGAUUUGCCCGGCGUGGACAAAUCCCAGAGUCCGUCAAAUAGCCAGCCGCCAGGAACGUCUUUGCCAGACGCUCAGAAAGCUCCCCAGCAAACAUUCCAGAGAGCGCCGCCAGAGGGACCCGCUCCGUCGUCAUCCGGCCCGGAGCCGCACGUCCCUCCCACGUCUCGUGAGCGUCUGGCGGGAUUGCCGACGGACUUAGCCCAUACCGGCGAGGUCCGUUUCGGCGCCGGGAAAUCAGAGCAGCAGAAUCCGGGACGGCCCAGCAGCCUGCCCCUCUUCUCGGCACACCGCUCUCCACCCCGAACCGCCUUCCGUCCGUCGGCGACGUCCAGUCCCGUCGUCCCUGACGAGGACUCCCGUCGCGCGACAUCGCCCCCUGUCUCGUGGCGCGCUUCUGCCGUUAGCGCUUCUCCACCCUCGGCGGCGCAGCCCCGCCCGUCCGCCAGAGCGGUCACGUGCGUGUCACCUUUCGCCGUGAUUCCGCCGUCUCGUUCCGCCCCCUUAGCAAAGAAAGACAAGACUUUGACGCCUGUCGGGAGUUCCUCCGAGAGGGCCGCUCCUCCCCAAAGUUUGUCCAAAGGAGCGGGACCUUCUUGCGCGCCGUCCGCACCCGCUUCCUCUCCUGCCGCAUCUUUGUCGGCAUUCACAAGAUCCUUGGCCGCCUCCUGCAUCAGUCAAACGUUGUCAAAAAAGAACAGCGGCGGCGGCGGCGGGCGGCCGGCGCCAAGCUCAUCCCUGCAAAGUCCUCCCUCGGCAGCGCGCUCGCCGUCUUCCCGUCCGCCGUCCGGUUGGCGAGCGGCCUGUUUGGAUGGGAACGGUGGCUAUCCUCCAUCCCCCCUCAGGUCGCCCUUUGCGGACUGCGCUUUUUCCUACCAUUCGGCCAACUCUUCUUGUCCUUCCUCCCCGUUUCUGAGAGCGAGUCGGCACGGUGAAUUUGGGAGUGAAAGCUGCUCUCCCGGCCCAGCCAAGGCGCAGUUGGCUAACACCGUCGACGGUCUCUCCUUUGGGUCGCACAAUCGCAUGGCGCGACCCUUUUGCGCAAGCGUGCAGUCCUCUCCGGCGGCGAGCCCGCCCCCUCCCUUCACACGCGUCUGCUCGCCCCCCCCUGCCUCUGCCAGGGCAAGCCAGCCCCCCCCGACUCCAGGCGCAGGUUCCCCAACCACCUUGGGUCUAACUCUGAAGAUGGCUGACGCAUGGUCCUCCUCACGCCCUCAAAUGACGGGUGUGCCACUUUGGACUUGCAGUGUCACGCCGGCGCCCAAAGCCAGGAAUCCCCAAGUUGGCUCCCUCACUCGCUCCUUGUCUUCUUGUUCCGCUCAGGAGAAUGGGACUUUUUCCCGGACCGGGUCCCCUCACCCCGACAAAGCUCACGGCCUCCGCAGGUCAGACGGGUCCCCGAGCCCAGCCGGCCAAGCGCGUGGCUCCUGGGCCCAAGGCGGCCAUGAGUCUGCUUUGAGCGGACGCUCACCGUCUUGCCCUCCAGAGUCACCAAUCUCUUGUGACCUUGGUGGAGAGCAUUGCAGCAGUCCGCCGUGGCUCCUCUGCACCUCCAGCAGCACCAGCCCCACCUGUCGCCUCAGCUCCCUCUCGCAGUCCACUACGGCGGCGCUGGCGACGGAUUGGCCAGAUGCAGAGUUGGAAGAAGGGAGCUGUCGGAGCCAUUUGAUUUGCGCCUACGUGGGCCCAGAGGCCAAGUGGGCCCGCGCCCUCCCAUCCUCGCCUCCGGACGCUCCUCGGCAAACGUGCCGGGCCCGCUCGCCUCCGCGGGCCGCCGUCUGCGCGCCCUCUGCCCGCCGCGCGUCUGCUCAGAAGACCAGCUACGCCACCACCGUCAACUUGCAGAUCGCCGGAAGUGGUCGGAUCACUUCCUUCAGCACGGCCCACGUGAGCGUGAGCCAGACGCCACCGGCGGCGGGCGGACAAAUUCCCACGGCCAGACGAGUCAGCGUGAACAUUGUCGCUUCUGCGCUUCCUCACAACUGCAGCCAGCUGUGAAAAAUUGAGCGCGCGCGCGACGGCUUUUUAGCCAUGUGGAAAAUGUGGACGGACGGCAAAAACCGGCACAGCGACUCGCCGUAUUUUUCAAGCGGCUCUUCGCCACCUCUGGUUGAACCCGGAGAGGGAAGAAAGCAAUCUUGGUGUAAACAAAGAAAAAAAAAGGUUGUCUGUCCGACAAAUGCAGUGCUCAAUCACACUUAUGUUGUGUACCAUCAUAAAAUUGGGAUUAUUUUGUGCUAUUGCUAACCAUCCAUUUGUAGUCAUUGUAUUGUUUAUUUAUGAACUCUGAGAUGGUAGGCACAUUUGCGCUGGGGGGUCGGGGCUCAAAUGUCAGCCUCCAAUUUGUCAACAUCUUUGUCAUUCGGAGGAAAUACAGCACAAUUCACUCGUGCCUGGAAUCGCUUUGACGGCGAAGGAAUAUUUCCAAAAGACUAAGUCGACUUCACAUUUGAGUUUGCUGGCAAUGACUGGAAAAUGAUCUGGAAGAAAAUCUCCCCGGUGGCACCGUUAUUGUGUUGCGCUUUUUCCUUGGCACCGUCGAACUCUUUCUUUGCAAUAAAGUACGCGCCUCAUUUCCCAGCGGAA